AUGUACCCCAUCUCCGACCUCACCGCCUUCUGCCGCAAGACUACUGGCGAUGUCCCUCCCAAGCUCGUCGGCGCGUCCACUACCGUGGUCGGCUCCAGGAUGUACCUUUACGGCGGUCGUCUCGUCUCCGAGCGCAAGAUGGUCUCAGACAUCUAUAUGUUCGACCUCGAGAGCUUCAGAUGGGAGAGGAUAGCUCAGUCACCGGAGGACGAUAUUCCCCAGGCGCGUUACUUCCACAGCGCAGAUACUUGGCGGAACCAUCUCAUUAUCUUCGGUGGGAUGGCAAUCAAACCCCAGUCAGACAAUCCUGAGGAUCUCUGCGUUCUCAACGACGUCCGUCUCUUCGAUCUCCACACUCGCCAUUGGCUCCCCGCCGUACCCAUCUCUGCUGACUCUGCGCUCAUACCCAAUGCGCGCUACGCACAUCUCUCCUCGGUCACCGCCGACCGGCUGUUCAUCAUUGGUGGACAGGAUCUUGCCAACGUCUGGCUGGACGACGUCUACAUCUUUGACCUCGUAGCGCAAACUUGGAUCCAGCGUCGGGACUACCCUCGACACUGCGGCACCUACCGUAGUGUUGCGGUCACAGCGGACCAGCGAGUGCGGCUCCCCCAAGAUGAGAUGCGUGGAUCACAGCCAACGUCCAGAUUGGGCCCUCCGGGAACACGCUUCAAUGUCGACAAGAAGGGUCCCGUUACGCCCAACGCCACGCAGGGCGAGUCUCUAAUCCACCUCCCGUACUCCGCAGCGCCCACCGACGAGUACCCAUGUGAUAUCUUCUUGUUCAGCAAUUACAACUUCACUGAUGUGCAGCGUGAGCUGGAAGUUUUCACUCCACUGUCAGAUGGCGACUUCACGGUUUCUGACCGCUCCUCGUCAAUGACCGGUACCUCUUUCCCUCCUGGUCUUCGCUUCCCGACGGGCGCGAUUCUGGGAACCUUCUUUAUCACCUAUCAAUCCUUUUCCAUCUGGGCGCUCGACCUCAUCAACAUGACCUGGUCUCGCAUUGAUCCAGGAAGCGCUCUUGCCUCUGGCUCGUGGUUCCGCAGUUGCCUCUGGGCCAGCGCGAACAAGUUUGUCGUGUUCGGGAACAGGCACGGCAACCUGGUUGAAGACUACAACCGGCGUCUCCUGAGCUGGGACCAUGUCACCUGCAUUGAUUUGGAGGCAUUCGGCAUCUACCAACCGCCUCCACUGAUGCUCGACAUCCCGAUGCAGGAGCUCGGUUUGGCGGCCUAUGAAGAGGGUCUCAUGGGGGACUUCGAGAUCAUCUGUGACGACAACCGGAGGAUCAAAGUUUCACGGAAGCUCCUCGAGGACCGCUGGCCAUGGUUUAAGGAGCAGCGCAAGCUCUUCUUACAGGCCGCCUCUCGUGCUCUCGAAGCAUUGCCUGCCGUCGGCUCGCAUACACUCACCCCCGAAGUCCCUACCUCUAACCGCCAAGAGCAGCGCCCCGACCCCCGCCUCACCCCGCGUACUUUCAACCUCUCCGAACCAUACCCUAUCACCCUCGCCUUCGUGCAGUACCUGUACUCUAUGGCACUCAUCACCCCUCUGCAGCACGCGCCAGCUGUUCUUAGUCAGUUACUCCUGCUCUCAAGCACGUACCAGCUCGACCACCUGCAGACUCUUGUGAAACACGCAAUGCACCGUGCACUGAGUUACGCGACCUCUGUCGGUAUCUACGGAGUCUCGACGCUUUGCAGUUGCAGGAGCCUUCAGAUACGGCGAUGCAUUGCGCGUCGUCAUGGUAUGGUGUAUCUGUCGCAUCCCUCAUAA